UUGUAGCACUUUAAUGAUUUUUCGGAUUUCGAUUUAAAUUUGAGAAUUAAUUGGAGUUCGCUUUGGUUUUGGCAACUUUGCUUUCGCUUCUUCCUCCGGCCGCCCUACGACGCUUAUUUGAGCUCCGAUCCUUUUCCUUUUGGAUUCGAUUGCUUUCGAUCCUCGAUCGCUGGGUUCCUGCUCGAUCCUGCCGUGAAAGGGUGAUUGGGGGACGGAUCGGAGACGACAAAUGCCGGAGGAGGAUCUGGUCGAGCUCAACUUCCGGCUUUAUGAUGGCUCGGACAUCGGUCCGAUCCGCUACGCUGCUUCUUCGACUGUUGCGAUGCUCAAGGAAAGGAUAAUCUCCGAGUGGCCGCGCGAUAAGAAGAUCAUACCAAGGGUUGCAACUGAUGUGAAGCUGAUAUGUGGCGGCAAGAUGUUGGAGAACAACAAAACAGUUGCUCAGUGCAGAUCACCUUUUGAUGAAAUUUCUGGUGGGUUUAUCACCAUGCAUGUUGUUGUCCAACCAUCGUCAAGUAAAGUUAAAACAAAAAAGAAGGUUGACGAGUUGUCGAAGAAGACCACCUGUUCGUGCACUAUAUUGUAGAGCUAGGAGCGUCUCAGAUUUCAUGGCUGGUAGCAAUGACUUAUCCUCGAUCGGUUUUGCCGUGACUACAUACACCACAGAGGCCAACAUGUUGUUUCACUUGCAUCCUUAUUUGAUUGUUGUCGUGCGCAAUCCAGGUUGGUCAGAAAUGUGGGAUGCCUUUAGGUUUGUCUCUUUGGAUCUCUAGUUCUCCUGGCAAUAUCUGUAUAUUAAUUGCAUUAGCUACACAGUAAUUUGGCUCUCGAAAGCAUUGGAGUACGACUGAUGGAUGAGAAGAAUGAAUGUCCAUUAUGCUCAAUGUAGUUCUGCAAAGCCUAGACAAAAGUUAUCUUAUUGGUUUACUUCA